AUGGGUCAAUCACAGUCAGCAGAGCCAACAACAGAGGUCCCAAUAGAGCAAUUGAGCCACCAGCUCGCUCUACGCUUUGCUUCGAAAUGCUUCUCUUCGUUGGAGAUUGUCCAUUACAAGGACAACUUUAAAAGUCUGGCUGAUCACCAAGAUGAUCUGGAGUACUGGAAAGAGGAUACACUAUGUCGAUUCCUGGCCUUGCCAGAACCUCUUCACGCAGGGCCGGUGGUCUACCAAAUGUGCACUUAUCUCGGCGCAUUCCCGUUCCCGAGGCUGGCACCGUGCAUAUUGACCAGAGAGAACAUGCUCAAAGUCAUCACAAUAAUGACGGGUAGGUACAAGAAAGUCUUGAGACGAGGCGACCAGGACAAGGCGAAAUUGCUGUUCCGGAGUCUAGCAGUAUUUGAUCGGGCAGCAAGCACGGCUCUUUCGACCAAAGAAAAGCCGUCCAUGGACCAUGUUAUUCGAGAACAGUUACCAGAAGAUAUGCUGGAACAAAGAGAAGCCGCAGAAGGUCCAAGGACCCAUCCCUCGGGAUUUGCCAUUGACGAACCGCUCAAUGAUGAUGAAGACGAAGACGACGAUGAUCUCGCCCUUGCUGCUCUGGACUCCCUCGACGCCAUCGAAGUGUUCAAGCACGACCAAAAGACCGACCGCAAGAUCCACCACGCCAUGAUUCCGGUCGAGAACUUCAAGAAACUGGUCAUGCUGCUCCUCCUCAUGAGUGGCAUUGACCCCUUGACCCCUCUAGGCAGUUACGGAGAGUCUCUGAACGAAGAAAGGCUCCAAGCUCUAAGCGCGUCUGCGGACUCAAUCAUUGCCGCAUUCGACCCUGGCCCAGAGACUAAAGGCAUUCGCUAUCCAAAUUUCGUCAAAACUGUCACAACCACACUCCCCGAGCUUUUCGACCCCUUUAACAACCUCUUUGAACAUUUUCUCUUUAGCAAGAACAUCAAUCUGAACAAACACCGCAAUCUACCGGACCCAGUCCCUAAUCAAGAUACCAAACAGUCAUUCAUAUAUCGUUCUCCCGAAGAUGACACGACAAUCUUCACCGACACUCUCCUCUCCCAACUCUCCAUGACCCUCAAAGUUUCCAACCCCUCUGGCACUCUCAUGAACAUAUUUCCUUCGGGCGCACACUUCAAUCGUUUAUAUUCCUCCUCCAGCGAUGGCACGUCCCUCUCCUCUUUCUCACGCCAAGUCACAUCUUGGCAAUCCGGCUCCCUCCUCCUCGUUUCGGGAACCACACUCGAUGACGCCAACCAGGUCAUAACUCUGGGCGCCUAUCUUCCUGGCCGCUGGCACGACUCUACAUCGAAUUCAAACCCCAAUAUACCCUCGUCCCAUGACCAGUCGGCCCCCAGGCCCUCGCUUGUCCAACUACACCCCCGCCAGGCCCUGUUUCCUGGAAACCCGUACAACCGCACAUUAUCCUGGUUGCAUUUUUCGACGAGGACAGGUAUUGCACUAGGGUGUGUCAUCCCCCAGAGGUCUCGCACUUCCGCUGCGCCGCAGCCCCCCAUUCUCGGCCCAGUGAGCCUGUUGAUAGACAGUGACAUCUCGACCGCAACGUUCCAACACGACGGAUCGGCCGGUAGCGGCGCGUUUGUUACCGAUCCGGGGCUCGAGACGGCGCAGACGCACCACCCAGACACGGCGCAGGCGAAGAAGAUUCAAUUCGACAUCGACGCCCUCGAAGUAUGGGGAAUUAGUUUCCCCACCGGCACGGGAGAGGAUGAGAUCACGAAACAGAAGAACCGGCUCGCGUGGGAAGAGGCUGAAGCCGCCCGGCGACGGGGUGUCAAUUUCGGCGGUGACAAGGACGGUGCGAGAGCGUUGCUGGAGAUGGCUGGGCUGGUCGGCGAUCAGUCCAAUCAGAGGAGUGGUGGUUCAGUAUAG